AAAUGUGUUAUUAGCAAACUUUCAGGACAUCACUGGCUGGAGUGUCUACAAGAUGAGUCUGGUUGCAAAUUAAACUUUGAUAAAUUUACUAAAGAGUAUUCAGACAAAAGUAACACUGGACAGAAAUACAGCAGUCAAAAUAUUUGUAAACAAAAGACUAUAGAAGCAAAAAGAAGUAAAUAUAUAUAUAUUGGGAUUUUAGAAGAAAAAUAAUGGAAAAGAGUGAGAAACUAAAGGAACGGAAUUUUCCAGAAGAUAGAGAAAAAGGAAGUCAAAAAUUGUCACAUGACUGUGAUGUCUGUAAAAAGUCUUUCUCACAAAAGGGUCACUUAAAUAUGCACAAACGUAUUCAUACAGGACAGAAACCAUUUCACUGUGAUAUUUGUGGUAAAUUGUUCUCUCAAAAAUAUACUUUGACCACACACAAACGUAUUCAUACUGGCGAGACACCAUAUCACUGUGAUAUUUGUGGUAUAUCAUUCUCUCAAAAGCAUAUAUUAACUACACACAAACGUAUUCAUACAGGGGAGAAGCCAUUUCACUGUGAUAUCUGUGGUAGAUCAUUCUCUCAAAGUAGUAACUUGACUACACACAAACGUAUUCAUACAGGAGAGAAGCCAUAUCAUUGUGACAUCUGUAGUACAUCAUUCUCUGUUCGAAGUGCUUUAAAUUCUCACAAGCGUAUUCAUACAGGAGAGAAACCAUUUUACUGUGAUAUCUGUGGUAAAUCAUUCUUUCAGAAAUAUACCUUGACUAACCACAAACGUAUUCAUACCGGAGAGAAACCCUAUCACUGUGAUGUCUGUGGUACAUCAUUCUCUGACAAAAGUGCUUUCAAUUGUCAUGAACGUGUUCAUACAGGGGAAAAGCCGUACCAAUGUAACAUCUGUAGUAAAUCAUUCUCUCAAAGUUGUACUUUAACUUCUCACAAACAUAUUCAUGCAGGAGUGAAACCUUAUUCCUGUAACAUCUGUGGUAAAUCAUUCUCUCAAAGUAGUGUUUUAACUUCUCAUAAACGUAUUCAUACAGGGGAGAAGCCAUUUCACUGUGACAUUUGUGGUAAAUCAUUCUUUCAAAGUAAUGACAUAACUAGACACAAACGUAUUCAUACCGGAGAGACUCCGUAUCACUGUGAUAUCUGUGGUAAACCAUUCUCUCGAAAAUAUAACUUGACUAUACACAAACGCAUCCAUACUGGAGAAAAGCCUUAUCACUGUGAUGUCUGUGGUACAUCUUUCUCUCUCCAAAGUGCUUUAAAUUCUCACAGGCGUAUUCAUAUAGGGGAGAAACUAUUUCAUUGUGACAUCUGUGGUAAAUCAUUCUUUCAAAAAUAUACUUUGACUAACCACAAACGUAUUCAUACAGGAGAGAAGCCUUAUCAUUGUGAUGUCUGUGGUACAUCUUUCUCUGACGGAAGUGCUUUCAUUUCUCACAAGCGUGUUCAUACAGGAGAGAAGCCAUAUCAGUGUAACAUCUGUAGUAAAUCAUUCUCUCGAAGUACUGUUUUAACUUCUCACAAACGUCUCCAUACAGGAGAGAAACCAUAUUUCUGUAAUAUCUGUGGUAAUUCAUUCUCUCAAAGUAGUACUUUAACUUCUCAUAAACGUAUUCAUACAGGUUAGAAGCCAUUUCACUGUGACAUUUGUGGUAAAUCAUUUGUAGUAACUUAAUUACUCACAGAUAUAGCCAUGUCAUUGUGAUGUCUGUGGUAAAUCAUUCCUUUCAGCCAUAAACUUCACUAGACACAAGCAUAUUCAUAUAGGAGAGUCACCAUAUCACUGUGAUAUCUGUGGUAAAUCAUUCUCUCAAAGUGGCAGCUUAGCUACUCACAAACGUUUCUAUACAGGAGAGAAGCCAUAACACUGUUAUGUCUGUGGUAGGUCAUUCCCUGUGAGUUCUACCUUAUAAAAACACAGAUAUAUCCAUACAGGAGAGAAGCCAUAUCCUUGUGAUAUCUGUGGUAGGUCAUUCACUAAACAUGGCAACUUCUCACAAAUGUGUUUAUACAGGGGAGAAGCAGCACCACUGAUUCGUGGUAAAUCUUUCUCUAUAAGUGGUAACUUAACUCUUUACUAUGCAGAUUAUUCUAUCAAAUGUGAUGUUUAUUUAUUUACGUUAUUUUCAAUUUGUCAUGCAUUAUCUCAAAGCUUUCAAGUUUUGAUGAUAUGAUUAUUUUUAGAAUGACAUUAUAGGGUAGGUGUAAGAGGCCAACUCUGGCUACUUUGGACAUAAAAUUGGUAGAAUAUUUGGGCCAGAUAUGGCUGAUUAAAUGCUAAAGGGUUAACACUAAAAGUAUCAACAUUUCUUUCUUCUUACAAGGACCAUAGCAGUCAUUUUUGUCCCCCUUUGAAAAUCGUUAUUCAGUACAAUCUAUUUUGAAUAUAAGCAAAUGCAGUGAAUAAAGGAUUUGAAAACACAUUCUUUUAGCAUUUAUCUACAUACAAGAAAUAUAUAUCUAUAGACACAUGUAUAUGAAAUGAUGCUCAUGAUUGCACAUUCAAUACAGUUGUAGAAAUUAAAAAGUAAUAAGCAAAACUGAUGAUAAAUGACCGUUUGGUACUUCUAGUGUUAACUAAAUGUGUAUCUGUUCAUAUAGAUGUGUGACUAUCAAUGGGACAAUUCUUAAGAACAAGAAGCAUUCUCAGUUCCUCCUUAGCCAGGGACACACACACACACACCCUCUCUAACUGUAAAUGUAUUUACACAGGAAUGGAGAUAGAACAGAGUGUGAUAACAACCUCCCAACUCUAUAGUUUAUGUCACCACAUCUCAGGUAACUUACCUGUGGGAUAUUUUUUUUAAUAAAAGCAAUUUCCUCCA